AUGGCCACACCAGCCCCCGCAGCAGCAGACAGCCGCGCCCUCCCGCCACGACACAGCGCCUCGCAAACCUCGCAAACAUCACAAACCACACUGGCCAGCACCCCGCACACCCAAGAACCAGACAGCCGUACGCCCACAAUCCAGCACGAAGAAGCCUCUCUCCAAACCGUGCGCAAACACCUCGGGCUGCACCCCCGCGCCGCAGCAACAGGGCCCUACCGCGGCGCCCCCGCCUGGGUCAAGCUGCGCCUCGUGCUGCGCGAGCCGCUGCUCGAGUUCUGGGGCGUCUUCAUCAUGUGUUUUUUCGGGCUGAGCGGGACGGCGCAAGCGGUGCUGAGCGCGGGGGACCGGGGGGCGCCGGGCGGGGACGGGUUCGGGGGGUUUUAUAACGUGCAGUGGGGGUGGGGGAUUGGGGUCAUGUUGGGCAUCUACGUCGCUGGUGACUCCGGCGCCUACCUCAACCCCGCCCUCACGCUUAUGAACUGCGUCUUCCGCCAGCUGCCCUGGAAGCGCUUCCCCGCGUACGUGCUCGCGCAGUUCCUGGGGGGUUUCGUGGCCGCCGCCGUCGUCUACGCGAACUAUAUCCCUGCGAUCGACCACUACGAGGGCAAGGGCCGGCGCACUGUGCCUCCUGCCACGAACGCUACCGCUGGCAUCUUUGCUACGUAUCCCACUACGUUUACGCCGAGAGCGAGCCAGUUCUUUCAUGAGUUUAGUUCGACGGCCGUUAUGGCGUUCGUCGUGCUGGCGUUUAAGGACGAGAAUGGCGCCGAUUUGGUGAGUGUGUCGUGCGGGACCUUCUUCCCCCUAGCCCUCUUCUUCCUCGUCUACGGCCUCUCCUCCGGCUUCGGCUGGCAAACAGGCGCCGCCGUCAACUUCUCCCGCGACUUCGGUCCCCGCCUCCUCACCUACUGCGUCGGCUACGGCGCCGACGUGUGGCGCUCCAACGAAUAUUACUUCUGGAUCCCUAUAAUAGCGCCCUUCAUAGGCGCCCUAGCCGGCGGCCUCGCAUACGACAUGUUCGUGUACAAUGGCGACAGCCCCGUCAACUCGCCGAAUCUGGGAAUGGGGUAUUUGACGAGGUGGGUGAGGCCGAGUGUGAGGAGGCGGGAUAGGGAUUGUGGUGGUGGUGGUGGUGGUGGUGAGGAGGUGGUGUAG